CUCUUAUAUUGAUUAUCCUCCACUGCCUCCAGUUGAACAUCAGGCCGAGCUCCGCGGGGAGUCGAAGCCGCAAGCCGAGAUCACAAGUUCCGGUGCUUGAGUGGUUAUGCAAAUGCAAGUUCCGAUGGGAGGGAGAGUGCCCACAUGGUUUUCUCGUCGGAGAUUACUGGAAGAGAAGCUCUGCCACCUCCACAAGUGCACCAACCUCAACCAUGUCAACCAAAUCUUUGCUCAAAUUCUCAAAGCCAAUCUACACCAUGACCUCUUCGUCGCUCCCAAACUCAUCGCCGCCUUCUCCCUCUGCCGCCACCUCACUUCCGCCGUCAACGUCUUCAACCAGCUUCCCCACCCCAAUGUCCACCUCUACAAUUCCAUCAUCAGAGCUCACGCCAAUAACCACUCACACCCAUCUCUACCAUUCAACGCUUUCCUCCAAAUGCAGAAAAGCGGUCUCUUUCCUGAUAACUUUACCUACCCUUCUCUCCUUAAGGCUUGUAUCGACUCUUCCUCGCUUCCCUUGGUCCGAAUGAUUCAUGCCCAUGUUGAAAAAUUUGGUCUCUACGGAGAUAUUUUCGUGCCCAAUUCACUCAUUGAUUCGUAUUCCAGGUGCGGGAGUUCCGGGCUUGAUGCGGCCAUGAGCUUGUUUUUGGUCAUGGAGGACAGGGAUGUGGUCACUUGGAACUCCAUGAUUGGUGGGUUGGUCCGAUUUGGAGAAUUGGAGUGUGCGUGCAAGCUGUUUGAUGAAAUGCCUGAAAGGGAUACGGUUAGUUGGAACACGAUGUUGGAUGGGUACACCAAGGCUGGGGAGAUGGAGAAGGCGUUUGAGCUGUUUGAGAGAAUGCCUGAGAGGAAUGUUGUUUCAUGGUCGACUAUGGUUUGUGGGUAUAGUAAGGCAGGUGACAUGGAUAUGGCGAGGGUGCUGUUUGAUAGGUGUCCGGGGAAGAAUGUGGUGCUUUGGACGACGAUAAUAGCGGGGUAUGCUGAGAAGGGGAAUGCGAGGGAGGCGACCGAGUUAUAUGGGAAAAUGGAGGAGGCUGGGUUGAGGCCUGAUGAUGGGUUUUUGUUUAGUAUUUUGGCUGCCUGUGCUGAAUCUGGAAUGCUUGAGUUGGGGAGUAGAAUUCACGCGUCUGUGAAGAAGUGGAGGUUUAGAUGUAGCAGUAAGGUGUUGAAUGCGUUUAUUGAUAUGUACGCGAAGUGUGGUUGUUUGGAUGCUGCGUCUGAAGUCUUUAGUGGAAUGAUGGCGAAGAGAGAUCUGGUGUCUUGGAAUUCCAUGAUCCAGGGGUUUGCCCUGCAUGGACAUGGCAAGAAAGCGCUUGAGCUUUUCUCUAGGAUGGUAGACGAAGGUUUUGAGCCAGAUAGAUGUACAUUUAUUGGCCUCUUGUGUGCUUGCACCCAUGCAGGACUUGUUAACGAAGGGCGCAAAUGCUUUUAUUCAAUGGAGAAAAUGUACGGGAUCGUUCCUGAAAUUGAGCAUUAUGGUUGCAUGGUGGACCUUCUUGGACGUGGGGGACACCUAGAAGAAGCUUUCACACUUCUGCACAGCAUGCCUAUGGAACCAAAUGCCAUUAUAUUGGGCACUCUUCUAAAUGCUUGUCGUAUGCAUAAUGAUGUAGAUCUUGCAAGAGCCGUGUGUGAACAACUGUUUAAGUUGGAGCCAUCAGAUGCUGGGAAUUACUCCCUUCUGUCAAAUAUUUAUGCUCAAGCAGGAGAUUGGAUGAAUGUGGCCAAUGUAAGGUUACAAAUGAAGAAUACAGGAAGUCAAAAGCCUUCAGGGGCUAGUUUCAUAGAGGUAGAGGAAGAAGUGCAUGAAUUUACUGUAUUUGAUCGGUCACACCCUAAAUCAGAUUAUAUAUAUCGGAUGAUUGACAGAUUGGUAGAAGACCUCCAACAGGUUGGAUCUGUUCCAAUGAUACAGCAAUAGAGGCGAAUGAAAUCAUUGGUUGCAUUAGCAUGCACAGCACAGCUGAUUUGAUGCUUCAAGACAUGUAUAUGAUUAUUUAGGUUGGAAUACUUGUGUAAAACUGAUUCCUAAUCAGGUGUAUCGUCCACCAGUGGAAGCUUACCGUAGCAGCUGUAGACAGAUUAAGAAAGGGUAUCAGAGAAACAACAGCCCUCGCUAUUAUAUAUCUGUUCUUGAAGAUGAUAGUGAUGGAAAGCAAUCAGAAACAGAAGAACCUCGUAUUGUAGUUCAAAUGGACACAGAGAGUCCUGUUAUAUACCAGAAGUCAUGUUUGGACCAUUACUUUGAUAAACCUAUACAAGUAAGGGGAGAUGUACGUGUCAUAUUCUAUGAGAAAAUGAUAGGUGGUCGCCUUUUCUACUGCUGUUUUAAUACAGCUUUUAUUAAGAACAGCUUGCUACAGCUCACAGUACAAGAGUUGGACAAAGUUGGGAAGAAGGGAAGCUCAAUAUGUGGUCCUGACUUCUGCAUAGAAUUAUUGUUUGGUCCUGCUAAUACAGGAUAUUCGUCAUCAAAUAUAUCCAAUGAUGAACACUCUAGUGAUGAUUCUUUAUAAUACUAUUUCUAAAAAUCUUUACAUAAUAUGGAAAGUCCAUAUCCAAUUAACUUGUGUAACGUAUUCCUGCAAAAUGAUCCCAACCAUGAGUCCCUCACAGUGCCAUGUAGCAAGUGCAUUCAUUCCUCCAACUGUCUUGCUGUAUAUGUUUUCAUUGGCGAAAGGCAUGGGGAGUAAGUGUAAUUUUUGUAUUAUGUUAGUCAUUGAGUAGCAUUUGG